ACCAUCCAGAAGGGGCUGCUCGCCUGACCAACAUGUGCGUGCGGCGAAGUUACACAACUGUGUCCAACAUAUCCGCAUGAGCUGUGGGAAGUAGCCUACCUGCUCGAGGGGAAACGGCGUGGUGGUUCGCAUUAGCGAGGAUCUUAGAAAGUCCAGCAACACCAUGGAGCCAAAAAGUAAAGAUCCGAAGAGCAAUCCAUCUGCGAAAGCUAAUGUCAUAUCUAAGAUAUUCUUCUGGUGGCUGAACCCCAUCUUCUCUGUGGGCUCCAAGCGGAGACUAGAGGAGGAGGACAUGUACCAUGUUCUUCCUGAGGACGGCUCCGAGAGACAAGGAGAGGAGCUUGGGAGCUACUGGGAUGCAGAGGUUCGGAAAGCUGCUAAGGAGCUACGAGAACCCAAACUGGAAAAAGCCAUCAUCAGAUGCUACUGGAAGCCUUACGCGGUCUUGGGAAUAUUCACUUUCAUAGAGGAGGCCAUAAAGGUGAUCCAGCCCGUGUUCCUGGGAAAGCUGAUCGAGUACUUUGAGCGCACGGGCCCGGCGGACUCCACGGACUCCACGGCGCUGUACGAGGCGUACGGCUACGCCGCAGGCAUGUCCUUGGCCACGUUCGGCCUGACGGUCCUGCACCACCUCUACUUCUACCACGUGCAGAGAGCAGGCAUGAAGAUACGGGUCGCUCUGUGCCAUCUCAUUUAUAAAAAGGCUCUGAGCCUUAGCAGUGCAGCGUUGGGCCAGACCACCACGGGGCAAAUUGUCAACUUGCUCUCAAAUGAUGUCAACAAGUUUGAUCAGGUGACCAUCUUCCUGCACUACCUGUGGGUGGGGCCGCUGCAAGCUGCUGUGGUCAUCGGGCUGCUGUGGCAGGAGAUCGGGCCGUCGUGCCUGGCUGGGAUGGCCGUCCUCUUGUUCCUCAUGCCUUUGCAGACCAUGUUCGGCCGCCUGUUUUCAACUUUCAGGAGUAAAACAGCACUGCACACAGACACCAGGAUCCGGAUUAUGAACGAGGUCGUUGCUGGUAUCCGAAUCAUAAAAAUGUACGCCUGGGAAAAACCCUUUGCAGCGCUCGUCACUGAUGUCCGAAGGAAAGAGAUCUCCAAGAUAAUGUCCAGCUCGUAUCUCCGGGGCCUCAACAUGGGCCUCUUCUUCUCCGCCAGCAAGGUCAUAUUGUUCGUGACCUUCACGGUGUACGUGUUGCUGGGCAACCCCAUCACGGCCAGUCGUGUGUUCAAGACCGUCUCCCUGUACAGUGCCGUGCGCCUCACGGUCACACUCUUCUUCCCGGCGGCUAUCGAGACGCUCUCGGAGUCCAUGGUCAGCGUCCAGAGGAUCAAGACGUUCCUGAUGCUGGAUGAGAUUGAGAAGACGCCCCCACCUGUGAUGAAGACCAAGACCAGUUCUGUAGAGAUGCGGGAUCUUACCUGCUACUGGGACAAGACAAUUGAUGCACCAACACUGCAGCGGGUGUCCUUCACGGUGAAGCCAGGUGAACUGCUGGCUGUCAUCGGACCAGUCGGAGCAGGAAAGUCCUCCCUCCUCAGUGCCAUCUUGGGCGAGCUGCCCCCAGACAAGGGCGUGGUGGAGGUCAACGGAGACCUGACCUACGCCUCCCAGCAGCCCUGGGUCUUCCCAGGCACCAUCCGCAGCAACAUCCUGUUUGGCAAAGACUUGCAGACGCAGAGUUAUGAGAGGGUCUUGAAAGCCUGUGCUCUGAAGAGGGACAUGGAGCUGCUCCCUCAGGGAGACCUGACUGUGAUCGGGGACCGGGGGGCCACCCUCAGCGGAGGACAGAAAGCCCGCGUUAACCUCGCCAGGGCUGUGUAUCAGGACGCUGAUAUCUACUUGCUGGAUGAUCCUCUGAGUGCUGUGGACUCUGAGGUCGGAAGGCAUUUGUUUGAACAGUGUAUUUGUGGCCUACUAAAGAAGAAGCCUCGCAUCCUGGUGACCCAUCAGCUGCAGUACCUUAAAGCAGCAGAUCAGAUCCUGGUUCUGAAAGAGGGACACAUGGUGGCCAAAGGGACCUUUUUAGAGUUGCAGAACUCGGGCGUAGAUUUCACGUCCUUGCUGAAGAGUGAGGAGGAGGAGGAGGCGACCCCUAGCGCGGACGGGUCGCAGAACGCCACACUGAAGUCCGCCCGCAGCAGAACCCUCUCUCAGAACUCCGUGCGCUCGCAGGCGUCCUCGCUCCACUCGGUUCAAGAUGCGUCGGACAGCCUACCGGCAGAGCAUGUGCACACCAUGUCGGAGGAGACUCGCUCAGAAGGCACGAUACCAGCUGGCCUGUAUGUGAAGUACAUGCGAGCAGGAGCCAAUGUGGUGGUUCUGCUCGGCCUCAUUCUGCUCAGUAUUCUUGCCCAGGUCACUUAUGUUCUUCAGGACUGGUGGUUAGCCUACUGGGCCACCAAGCAGGCGGAGCUGAACACCACGGUGGCUGUUACUGACGGCUUCUCUCACAACAGCACAUCAACACCUCAAGAACUGGACUUGGAGUUUUAUCUGGGCAUCUAUGCAGGCUUGACGGGAGCGACGCUGCUGUUUGGAUUGAUGCGGAGUCUGAUGUGUUUCAAAGUGCUCAUCCGCUCCACUCAGAAGCUGCACGAGCGCAUGUUCAACUGCAUUCUGCGCACGCCUGUGCGCUUCUUUGAUGUCAACCCAAUCGGAAGAAUCUUGAAUCGAUUCUCCAAAGAUAUUGGCCAGCUGGAUUCAUUGCUACCGUGGACUUUUGUAGAUUUCAUUCAGGUGUUUUUGCAAAUCAUCGGCUCGAUUGCAGUAGCGGCUUCCGUGAUCUUCUGGAUCCUUCUGCCGGUGAUCCCUCUGCUGAUUGCGUUUCUCUUUCUGCGCCGCUACUUCCUUAGAACCUCCAGAGACAUAAAACGCCUUGAAGCCACCACGCGGAGCCCCGUGUUCUCCCACCUGUCGUCCUCGCUGCAGGGUCUCUGGACCAUCCGGGCCUUUAGAGCCGAGCAGCGCUUCCAGCAGGUCUUCGACGCUCACCAGGACCUGCACUCAGAGGCCUGGUUCCUGUUCCUGACCACGUCGCGCUGGUUUGCCGUGCGGCUGGACGGCAUCUGCUCCGUGUUCGUCACCAUCACGGCGUUUGGGAGUUUGCUGCUCCAGAACAGUCUGGACGCGGGGUCCGUGGGCCUGGCUCUCUCCUACGCAGUGACUCUGAUGGGGAUGUUCCAGUGGGGGGUCCGGCAGAGUGCAGAAGUGGAGAACCUUAUGACCUCUGUGGAGAGGGUUAUGGAAUACACUGAACUGGAGACUGAGGCAUCAUGGGAAACGGAGAAGCGGCCGCCCCCCUCGUGGCCGAGCAAAGGUCAGAUCACAUUCGACCAGGUCAACUUCUCCUACUACCCGGACGGACCUAUCGUUCUGAAGAACAUGACCGCUACCUUCAAGCCCAAAGAAAAGGUGGGCAUCGUUGGUAGGACAGGUGCAGGAAAGAGCUCGUUGGUGUCCGCACUCUUCCGGCUGGCAGAGCCCGAGGGGCAGAUCAGGGUGGACGGCCUGCGCACCUCUGAGAUGGGCCUGCACGACCUGCGGCAGAAGAUGUCCAUCAUCCCCCAGGACCCCGUGCUCUUCACCGGAACCAUGCGCAAGAACCUGGACCCCUUCAGCCAGCACUCUGACCAGGAGCUCUGGAACGCCUUAGAGGAGGUCCAGCUGAAGUCGGUAGUGGACGAGCUGCCAGGGCGUCUGGAGACGGUGCUGGCCGAGUCGGGCUCCAACUUCAGCAUCGGCCAGAGACAGCUGGUGUGUUUGGCACGCGCCAUCCUCCGCAGGAACAACAUCCUCAUCAUCGACGAGGCCACUGCGAACGUGGACCCCAGGACAGAUGAGCUGAUCCAGAAGACCAUCCGAGAGAAGUUCCGAGACUGCACAGUGCUCACCAUCGCUCACAGGCUCAACACCAUCAUUGACAACGACCGCAUCCUGGUUCUGGAUGCGGGCCACAUCCACGAGUACGACGAGCCCUACACCCUCCUGCAGAACCCCGACAGCCUGUUCCUGAAGAUGGUUCAGCAGACGGGCAAAGCGGAGACCGCGCAUCUGAUACAGAUGGCCAAACAGGCAUAUAACAAGAGUCAAACCAGUCAGACCUCUAAAGGAACUACUGGAGACGGCAGCCUCAUCAUCUUUGAGACAGCGCUGUAGCUGUGGACUGAGAUCAUGGGGCAGCAGGAGGACAAGGUGGACAGCCAGAGAGGCCGAGCGUACCACGUCCGAAACGGCCAUCUUGGAUGCGGCGGGAUCUAAAGCAGAACAGUGUAGACGGAGUAAGAGACGGUUUGAACAACAGGGAGCUCCCAUUUAAAGGGUUUUUUUUUUUUCAUUCUAUUUUAUUUUAUUUGCAGUGACGUUUUGAGCCCCAGGGCUCUUCCUCAGACUAGAAGCCCAGCUCAUAAAAUCACUCGUGACCCAUAAUGCAUCACGUGUCCGCUCCGCAACACAGCACGGCCUGUUAGGACCAGGGACGCACUGCAGUCGCUUACGAGAUCAUGGUGCUCGCUCUCUCUCUCAUGUUUCAUUAGCCCCCAGGGGAUGCCAGUCCAAGAGAGUCAUGCUGUAGGUUUAUGAAGGGCUAUUGAAAGAGGCUAGAAAACAGCUGCUGUGCUCAAAAGCUAUGCACUUACUCAACAUAUGUGCCUGACCACCUGUAAUAUGUGUGUAACAACAGAGGAAUUGUUGCACAGAAACAAAAGUUUUAAAAAAGUCUAUUUUGACAGGAGUGACCCUUUUAAUAUGUUGUGCACGUAUAUAUACUGAAGCUGACUUUCUCCUAUGAAGCUAGAGUGCACUCUGGGCUGUUGAUCCGUGUAAAGGAGAGAUCAUUUGAAGCUUCGGAGAGACUUGUUAGUUGGACAGUGAGGUUUUUAAGGUAAAGAGGCAUGUUAGGCUAACCAAGAGACUCCUGGAGCCAGCUUGGUAUCCAAGGCAACUAAACUAAAAUGUUUGCCUACAUUCUUCGUGUUUGUAUUUGAAUGUUUGUAUUUUCUUUGUAUUAUAAAUGACUGUUUUGUAGUAAUAUCAUUUUUUAUAUCUCACGCAAAUGAUAGUUCUGUAAUGAAGACCAAGCAGCUCCACAUUGUGGUGCUGUCUGAUACUGAUGUGGCAUUUGUAAUGGUUGCCUUCACUGUUAAAGUAUUUCACUCCAGCGCAUACUUCUAGCACUAAGGUCUCAACUGCUCUGGAGUCCACUGAGGAAUCACCUCCGCUGAAAUAGCUGGAAUCGUUUUCUAUUUAAGAUGUCGUUCAUCAUAUUUAGAGAUAUAUUUUCACUAUAUUAUGGAGUAUAACUGAUGAAAAUGUAUACGUCCGUUCAAGAAAAUAAUGUCAAGAGUAUAAUGCUGGUAAAGUAAAUGCUGUUGCAUUUUACACACUCAAUCAACUUCAGAUUAUUAUUAUUAUUGUAUUUUAUUUUUAUUUUAUUGUAAAGUCAAGUGCCUGUUCUUUUACACUGCUUCAUGUGGAUCAACAGCGAUUGAUCACUAUGGUAGGUGGUCACAUUGAAGCCCUUUGAAACCACACGUUUUUAUUCAGAGUACAUUUCAGGCCAGUUGGUUAGUCUGUUGUGUAUAAUGUCUCGACCAUGUGGAGUUUACUGAGGAAUGUUUGUUUUGAGAAAUGCUGACUGAAGAGGAUGCGUGCAAGGGAAAGAUACCAAAGUGCCUACACUUCAAACCGUGUCUAAACCACUGUAGCACCUUACUUGAAUAUAACGGAAUUUUACUCAGAAAGAAAUCUAAAUGGUGAUUUCUGUGAAAAUUGAAAGAUAACAAGAAAAAUGAUGACAAGGCUAUGAAGGGCCCAUAUGUUUCAUUUGUUUCAUUUGUUAUUAUAUAAGGACUCAUCUUAUCAUUAUUUAAUUUGUUAUUUUAUAAUGACCUAUAUCUUAUUAUUUUCUUUCCAAGUAACACGAAGACCACUUCAGCUGCUACCAAAAAUAACAAUAGAUCAAAAUCAUUGUUUUCCAACCUUACUGAGAUAUAAAUUGGUCAUGGUCUUUGAUUAAGUCUUGAUUUGGGUAUUUAUUGGCCAAUUUUAAACACUAUUGUCUAUUUUAUUUUGUUUUGGCAAUCAGUGAUACCAUGAUACAUCAAUGUUUGUGUGGCUACUGUAAGUUCACCAUUAAAAUAACUAUCUGAUAAACAUGUCAACCCACUCUGUUUCAAUCAUUGAAACCAUACAUCUCA